AGGAUUACUAUCUCUAUGCGUGUUACUCUUUGGUUGUUUAGUUACUCUUUGGUUGUUUACUUUACGGUUCGCUUCACACCGAGCUCGUUACUAACGUAGAAAUAUACACCCACCGUUUAAAGUUAAACGUUAUAAACCUGCCACGGACAUAAACUAACGGACGUGAGGAACGAGUUUUUGUCGGUUUUUAGCUGUUUUAAAGUUAGCUAACGUGUUGUUAGCUUCAUUAACUGUUUGAAACCGAAGCAAAGUUCAGUCAGCUGCAGAACAGAGUUCAUCCUGACAGCUGCGACCGCCUGUCUGGACGAUGGCGAACCCUCUGAGGGCCGAAGUGGUCCGACUCUAUAAAAAUCUCCUCUACCUCGGACGGGAGUAUCCUAAAGGUGGCGACUACUUCAGGGACCGCCUGAGAGCGGCGUUCACGAAAAACAAAAAUGUGCAGGACCCGGAGCAGAUCAGGGAGAUGAUCGGUCGGGGGGAGUAUGUGGCCCGAGAGCUGGAGGCGCUCUACUACCUGAGGAAAUACAGAGCCAUGAAGAAACGCUACUACGAGGAGUAAACCGCUUCUGCACAGACUCGUUCCACUAUAACCACCUGCUUCUUCAUGUCUAAUCAAUAACAGAUCAAUAAGAGGAUUCAUUAGAGAAACAGAGACCAAUGUAAGAGGAAAACAUCUUUAAUUUCUCAACAAAACAACAAACAGCAGCAGCUUUAAAGGUUUAUUGUUUUGUUCCUGUAACGGAUGACGGAAAAACAAUUAAAUAAAAGUAUAAAAAAGA